AUGAGCGGAACAGCAAUCAUGGCCUCGGCUGUGGAACUGCCACCGACUUCUUCCUUCUCCCAACGAUCCCACUCAUCUCCCAACUUACCCUCAUUAUCAUCGCAGACAAAUUCGCUCUUCGGCAGCUCUACAAAGGACUCGGCUGAGGUAUCAGCUUUUGAAAUACCCUCUUUCAACACUGACAUAGACCUUAAUCUCGACAUCUCUCUUCCAACCUUUCCUGAGAGCGAAUUGCCACCUCCUAAUACCGAAUAUGUCGAGCUGGAACCCUCUCCUCCACCAUCGAAAAUCUAUGAUCACUUGCGGACCAAAUCAGCAGCCUCGCUUAGCGAUGGGCCUCGACAAUGGCUGCGCAGCUUGACAACUAUUCGAGAUGCCCAGUACGACGAUGCUGAGCCCAUCGCCCCCCUUCCUCCGCUUAGCGAAGAAAAACGGCCCGCCACAGCAAGUGAAAGCCCCCUGAGCAACGUCGAGGCGAUUCCUCCUCGACCAUCCCGGGAUCGCUCCCAUUCGACAUCUGAAAGCCUCGCCGGCUUCACCAAGAGGUCGUGGAUGCCGUCGUCACGCACGCUGCUAAAGAUGCAGCCAGAGACCCUGGACGAGACGAGCGUCAAGCCCGAGGCCAAGCCCAGCCGCGGCGACAAGCUGAAACGGGCUGUUGCAGCCAGUCUCCAGGAAAUUACGACCAAUCAGACGGGCCAAACCCGUCCAGUUGACUCAGCUGCUAAACCCGCGACAAAGGGAUUCGCUCGUGCAACUAGUUACUUCUCCAGAAUCAAGCAAAAGCCCGCGUCCUCGUUGUCUAAAACAAGUGACAACGUUGACUCCGAUUUUAGCUGCGCCUCUUCUGCUACCAGCUUAGCUCAACCAGGCUCCAAUAGCAUCGACUCGCAUGUCUCGCAAUCCACCACUUCUGGUGAGACAAACUCCACCGCGCUCACCACAGAUGAGUCGUCGAUCGAAAUGCCACCGCGCAUGCCCGAUCCUCUGUGGUCGCAGUUCAAGAACUUGGAUCUAGAGUUCAGAGGGCUCGCUUCCAAAUCCGUGGCCCAGAAGUGCGCGCUGAUUCAGACGCUGCUUUUGCCUUUCCUCAAGAGCGCUACGAGUCAGGUAUCACUUAGCGGUCUGCGACCUGAGGAUGUUGACUGCAGGGCUGGUGUCCUAAACAAAUGGUGGGGCGCUGUCUUGGAAAUGCUCGAGGCUCAACACCAGCAGCCUGUGCCGGGACUGGAUCGCCAACUGCUCUUCGAGGCGGCGACCGUUAUCAUGAUGCGCCUGGAGUGGCGCCAGACAACGCCGUAUUUCUUGCCGUUGGUAGACAGGUCUCCUCAGGAUCGCGUUCGCGCGAGGUCAUCCACCAACUCAUCUAAUUCAUCAAACUCGGAUCAAUCUGCACUGUUGGCAGAGUCAGCCGAGCACAACAUCAGGACCAUGUUUGUGUCCAACUUGGUGAGGCAGAUGGCAUUUGUGGUCGAAAAAAUGUCUCUCCGCCACGUGCCUCCGAGCUUGAUCGAGUUUGCCGGCAAGACUUGCGCAUAUGCCUUCUUCUUCGCGCCUGGUGUAUCUGAUAUCUUGGUACGGCUUUGGGGCCUAACCCCAGACCUGAUCCGCCGCGUUUCUGAGAGCAUGGGCCUCACCCGCAAGAACAACGGCGAAGUUGAUGCGGACAUAACGGCGUCAUUCCCGCCGAAGCUGAGCACCCUGGCCUGGUCCUCGCCCCGAGCUUUGUGGAACACUCUGAAGCGGAUUCCCAAGAUGCCUCUGCUUGUGGCGAGGGUACCAUGGACGGGCCCAUGGGUCAUGCGCUGGAAAGGCCGCGAUACCGAUCUCAUUUUCAUCUUCUGCAGAUAUUUUCACCUUUUGUCCGACCAGUUUAUGCCAGCAGGUCUUUCUUUAAUGGAAAAAGCAACAUCACCGGCCUUUGUUCUUGUUCAUGCACAGCUUUUGUCGAUUCUCGACAGCACCGUUCAUCGCCAGGCUGCGCUUGAGCCUCCACAUGGCUCUUUCGUAGCCAACUCAGCUCGAGGAGCCGAAGCGGCGGCUCUGCAAAUGCCGAUGCCGCCAAGCAAUUUGAUGAAGAGCAUGUCGGAGAACAGGCUGGUGAUGUUGCUCAAGGACAUCCUCGCUGAUAAUUCGCCAACGUUUGCGGGGGCGAGGCACACAUUCGCCGAAUCUUUCUCCGCCCUGUUAAAAGCCGCCGCAAGCAGGACAUCCAGGUACAACAGCACCGCAUGCUCAACGUUGUGUGACCUAUUGGAAGAGGUUCUGUUCAUUUAUCACCGGGCUGAGACGGUUGAAAACCCCACAAGCUAUAUUGACUGGGCCUUUUGGAUUGAUGUUUGUAAGGUCGCCUUGACCUCGCUGAAUACCCUAUCGGAGAUUCGAAUCAUAUCUUUCAUAUAUACGGUGUGGGACGCCAUCGCCAAAGACCCUAAGCAAAAGCUAAUGGUGUGCCGCGACUGGUUGUUGACGGAAGAAACGUUCAACGCCUUUUUCAAUAAUUGGUGCCCAAUGGUUCGAGCCUAUUACAUGCGGCUGCUCUGCUGGCGAGUCUGUCGCGAAGUGGGCAGCCAGGAUGAGGUAGAUAUGGAGAUUUUCGCUCUUGCAUCCAAGAGGCUCAAGUCGGUCUGGUCGCACUAUCUGUAUCUUAAACAGGCUGCGGACGAAGCCGGCCAGAUGGGUCCCGCUACGGCGCCAAUGUCACCUACCUUGGGAAAGCGAUUCAUCAUUAUUCGGCAAGAAGUCAACGUUCCGCAGCCGGGUCUCUUUGUGACUUUUGAUACAUUCUCUAAGGCAUCGAGUAUAAUAGACUUGCCUUCUAGCGAGAAGAACGCUGAAGCAGGUCUUCUCGCCAAGAACGAUCCCAAGAAGAAGUGGUCCAUUCUGAAGUUAUUAUCAUUCAAUUCGGCGAGUUCUCCAACUCAGACUGCCCUAGAUACUUCGCCUGUCAAAUCUUCGGAUGAUGGACUUCAGAAUGCGCGCCGAGAGGUUGCAAACUCCCGAUCCCGGCAAAAUGCUUCGAUCGGCCCUCCCAAGACAGCCAAGUCUGACAAAAGCGACGACUCUGAUGGAUCAAAUCCGGUUUUUGAAGAUCCUAAAUUCAAUUUCAAAUUUGUCCUCGGCUGGCCACAGCCGCAGCAGCAGCUGCCUCCGUUGGAACGAAUGCUUGUGAGCCCGAAGCUCCCUACACCGGCUCAAUCAAGACUUGGCUUCCAAGCAAAGCGUGGAGGCGGUCCAGUUCUCCCUCCGCUGAUGAUACCGACGAGAAGGUUUUCUGGCAGUUCUCAGGGUGGUCUGGUGCAAGCUGCAAGGAAUGCGAGCCCCCUCGAUUCGCCGGUUAUAGAACCUCGUCGAAAGCUAUCACUAGCCAUAGCCACUGCAGGGAUUCCGGAAGAGCCUUCUACUGCAACCGGCUCUGAGACGAGCAGUGGUGAUACAACCCCUAUUGAAACCAUUUCUCCAUCUUCUCCCAUCAUUCAGCCGAACUCGAAUCAACAACGACCUGUUGAGGGCAAGAUGGGACCCGUAAAGCCUGCAGGAGCGUUCCUGAAGAAUCUGGCCUACUCUGGGCGUGCAUUGUCGGAGUGGAGUCUCGUCGUGGCGGAGUGUAACAAUUUUGUCGAGAGGCGCCGCGAUGAAGGCAUCAUCACCCUCAGCGAAAUUGAAGUACCACUGCUUGGCGUCGAGGGAUUCCGUAAGAUGGCUGGUUAA